AAAUUCUGGCAUGAUAUCAAAUAUGUAUUUUUCUGUUUAAGAGACAUUUAUUCUGCCUUUAAUUAAUGUCAGCCUACAGUACGUUGAAUUCAUGCUGUUUAAAAAAAAAAAAGUGUAUUCCAGAUUUCGCCACUAGAGGGCAAAGGGACAUUUUGAAUUUCCUCCUUGUGAGGUGGGUAGGCAUGCUACCCAGCUCUCGCAUUUUUCAGACCAGCAAAAACGAAAAAACGGCCUCGAACAAACUUUUGUCCAUCUCAUUAUGUCCCUGUUCAUUCCGCCACAGCUUCUGUGGAGUGUGUCUGAAGCAGUACUGGGAAGAGAAGAGCUCUCGAGAGUGUCCCAUCUGCAGGAGAAAGGCCUCUAUGGAUGAUCCUCCUAUAAACUUGGCUUUAAGAAAUAUUGUGGAGUCCUACUUAAACCAGAAGACUGAGAGAGAAACUACGGACAAGAGUGAUGCUCAGUGCAGUCUUCAUGGGGAGAAACUUCUAUUCUUCUGUGAACAUGACAAAGAGCCUCUCUGUCUCGUCUGUCAGACAUCAAAAAAACACAGAAACCACCCCGUCUGUCCAGUGGGAGAGGCUGUACUGGAGCUGAAGGAGGAACUCAAGCCUGCACUUAAUCUUAUUAAAGAAAAAUUGAAGAGGUUUACUGAGGUUGAACAAGAAUGUAAGAAAACAGCAGAACACAUCAAGAGUCAGGCCCAGCACACAGAGAGGCAGAUAAAGUUAGAGUUUGAGAAGCUCCAUCAGUUCCUGCAUGAGGAAGAGGAUUCCGGACUAGCUGCUCUGAGGGAAGAAGAGGAGCAGAAGAGUCAGAUAAUGAAGGAGAAGAUAGAAAACAUCACAGGACACAUCCUCACUCUUACAGACAAAAUCACAGCUAUAGAGAAGGCCAUGGACACUGAAGACACCUCCUUUUUACAGAGCUACAAGAACAUCAAGGAAAGAGCCCAGUGCACACUGCAGGAUCCAGAGCUGCUGUCAGGGGCACUGAUUGAUGUGGCCAAACACCUGGGCAACCUGAAGUUCAGAGUCUGGGAGAAGAUGCUGGAGGUGGUGCAGUACACUCCUGUGGUGCUGGACCCCAAUACUGUACGUGCCACUCUCUCUCUCUCUGAUGAUCUGACCACUGUGAGACACACAGGUACAGAGCAGAAAUGUCCUGACAAUCCAGAGAGGUUUAAACCUUGUGUGGAUGUGCUGGGAUCUGAGGGGUUUACCUCAGGGAAACACAGCUGGGAGGUGAAGGUGGGGAAUAAACCUAGGUGGGCUAUAGGAGUGGUGAAAGAGUCCAUCAGUAGGAAGGGAAGUAUAACAUGCAGCCCAAAGAGAGGAUUCUGGGUCUUAGUGCUGAGGGAUGGUGAUGAGUACUGUGCAUUUGGAGCUGCUGCCCUCACACUGAAGAGGAAGCCCCAGAGCAUCAGAGUGCAGCUGGACUAUGACACGGGGAUGGUGUCCUUCUUCGACUCCAGUGAUAUGUCCCACAUUUACACUUUUAAAGACACAUUUACUGAGAGAGUGUUCCCAUACUUCUCUCCACAUUCGAGAAAAGAUAACAAUGAUGGAUCCCUGCAAAUAUGCCCAGUGAAAAUCUCUGUGAAAGUGAUGUAUAACCAGUGAAGGUAUUUGUUUUAAAAAAAGAACAAAGUAGAGAUGUUGUACUUGGAAAGAACUUUUGUUGUUUCUAAUGUGCCUCAGCAUGCCUGGUUGCUGAUUUGGGUACUCUGGGGUAGACUUGCUGGAGAUGUGAAUUAAUGAAGGUGAGGUGGUUGAUGGCCUACCAAAACUAAAUGGGAGCCAGACAUACACUCAAAUACAAGUGAUCAUUUGGUUAAUGUAAUCUGCCUCAGUAUGCAUGAAUACUGAUUUGGGACAGACCAGAGGAAGUGCUAAGGGGGAUGUUUUAGUAGUCUGUCAGAAGAGAGCAGACAGACAGUUACUGCUUGAUUUCCUGAAACUUCAUUGCUUGAUUUUGUUCUGGAAAAGGGGUACAAAUCUGGUGCUUGAGCAACACUGUAUUGUGACUUACCUGCAUUGCUUUUACCUUAUAUCUCUCAUGCUGUACAGGAGACAAUUUUUGUUUAUUAAUAUAAAUUGAUAUUGAUCAAAAGUUUUGAACUAAGAAUUUUACUUUGCAAAGGACCAAAUUCCAUCAUACCUAAAGAAUACUAUGGAAGAAAUCAAUUUAUUAUUAUUAUUAUGAUUAUUAUUAUUGUUAAUAAUAAUAAUAAUAAUAAUAAUAAUAAUAAUAAUAAUCAUUAUUAUGAAUUCAUUAAUUGGGUUUUGUUUUGAUCUAGCUAAUAGGACAAAUCAUUUCAUAUAAUGUUUAUACAUAAAGCAGAUUCUUCUUGUUUAAUCAAAUUCUUUUAUAUCUGAUUGAUUUAAUUCCUGGGUGGAUAAGGCAGUGUACAAGCUUGAAAUGUUUGCGUAUCGUGAGCUCUAGUCAGAUUGAUUGCAUCAGUCUCCUGUGCUCUUCAGAUUUUACUUUACAGAUGCAGUGAAGAAUAAAUUCACCCUGUCAGCUCCAUGCUGUAGGAUUUACAUCAGAGCCUUCAGUAGCCUCACCUGCACACCUGCCAUUGGUCUCUCAUUCCCUUUCAUUGAAUGUCAGUUAUUAUACGACAUUUAUUAGAAUAAUCAAUCAUAAUUAAAUAAUUGAUUUACACAAUUAAAUUGAUUUUACAUGAAUUACUUUUUCUAUAAGGCAAUAGCAAUAAAACAUAUAUACUUUAUUAGGUACACCUAUUCAACUGCUUGAUAACACAAAUAUCUAAUCAGCCAAUCACGUGGCAGCAACUCAAUGCAUUUAGGCAUGUAGACAUGAUCAAGACAAUCUGCUGAAGUUCAAACCAAGCAGAAGAAAGGUUAUUUAUGUGACUUUGAACAUGGCAUGGUUGUUGGUGACAGAUGGGCUGGUUUGAGUAUUUCAUAAACUGCUGAUUUACUGGGAUUUUCACACACAACCAUCUCUAGGAUUUACAGAGAAUGGUCCGAAAAAGAGAAAAUAUCUAGUGAGCGGCAGUUCUCUGGGCGAAAAUGUCUUGUUGAUGGCAGAGGUCAGUGGAGAAUGACCAGACUGGUUCGAGCUGAUAGAAAGGCAACAGUAACUCAAAUAACCACUUGUUACAACCGAGGUAUGCAGAAGAGCAUCUCUGAACGCACAACACGUCGAACCCUGAAGCAGAUGGGCUACAGCAGCAGAAGACCAC